UUCAGUUUCCCGCGCAAAUUGUGGAUAAACUAAUGGUGGCUUCUUAAAAGUUUGAACUUGAUUUUAAAAUAAAUUGCAGCAAGAGGUAGAUAGAAAAUCAGUUUCUUAAAAUGGCUCGCAGAGAUUAUGAUAAGGAUAAAGAACAACUCAAGACGUUUUUGAUGGAAUACUGUAUACAAGAUGUUUCUGGUAGCAAAAACUUCAAAUAUUCAAAUCAAUUAACAAAGUUAGCACAUCGAGAACAAGUUGGUAUGUGGGUAGAACUGGAUGAUGUGAACGAUUUUGACGAUGAUCUCGCCAGGGCUAUACAAUCCAAUACAAGGAGAUACAGCACAAUUCUUGGCGACAUUGUGUUCGAUCUGUUACCUACAUUUGUUCAGAAAGAUGUAAUAGCCAAAGAUGCUCUGGAUGUUUAUAUUGAACAUCGCUUGAUGAUGGAAAAUAGAUUAAGACAACCAAAUGAACACAGGGAAGCUAGGAAUAAAUUUCCUCCCGAACUGAUGCGCCGAUAUGAGAUUUACUUCCAAGACCUUAGUACAAAUAAGGCAGUACCAAUAAGAGAAAUCAAAGCUGAUCAUGUUGGUCAGUUGGUAACAGUUAGAGGUAUUGUUACUCGUUGUACUGAAGUAAAACCUAUGAUGUGUGUUGCUACAUAUACCUGUGAUCAAUGUGGGGCAGAAACAUACCAACCUGUCAAUGCAUUGAGUUUUAUGCCAGCUGAUAUGUGCCAAAGUGCUGACUGCAAAACUAAUAGGUCUGGUGGAAGAUUAUACUUGCAAACAAGAGGAUCAAAAUUUGUUAAAUUCCAGGAAGUUAAAAUACAGGAACAUAGUGAUCAAGUUCCAGUGGGUCACAUUCCACGCACUUUAACAAUAUUUUGUAGAGGGGAAGUUACAAGGCAAGCAUUACCUGGUGACCAUGUUGCUGUUACCGGUGUUUUCUUACCACUCUUGAAACAAGGUUUCAAACAGAUAAUGGGCGGACUCUUAUCAGAUACAUACAUGGAAGCUCAUAAAAUAGUUUCAUUAAACAAGAUGGACAUGGAAAAUUCAGACAACCUUCUUACUCCCGAGGAAUUGGCAACACUUACAGAAGAUGAUUUCUAUACAAAAUUGGCGAUGUCGUUAGCUCCCGAAAUUUAUGGACAUUUGGAUGUUAAAAAGGCGUUGUUACUUCUUUUGGUUGGUGGUGUUGAUAAAAGGCCUGAUGGAAUGAGAAUUCGUGGAAAUAUUAACAUUUGCCUUAUGGGAGAUCCUGGUGUUGCCAAAUCACAGUUGUUAGGAUAUAUCAAUAGAUUGGCACCAAGAAGUCAGUAUACAACUGGACGAGGUUCAUCUGGUGUAGGUUUAACAGCUUCUGUAAUGAAAGAUCCAAUGACAGGUGAAAUGAUGUUAGAAGGUGGAGCUCUUGUAUUAGCUGAUCAAGGUGUAUGUUGCAUUGAUGAAUUUGAUAAAAUGGCUGACGAGGAUAGAACAGCUAUUCACGAAGUUAUGGAACAACAGACAAUCAGUAUUGCUAAAGCCGGCAUUAUGACUACAUUAAAUGCCCGUGUAUCAAUCCUAGCUGCUGCUAACCCUGCCUACGGACGCUAUAAUCCCAAGCGAACUUUAGAACAGAAUAUCCAGUUGCCAGCUGCUCUCUUAUCACGUUUUGACUUGCUAUGGCUUAUACAAGAUAAAGCUGACCGUGACAAUGAUCUAAAACUCGCCAAGCACAUAACAUAUGUCCACCAACAUAGCAAACAACCGCCAAUGGAAGUUGCAGCAUUAGAUAUGAAAGUUAUGAGGAAGUACAUCUCUAUGUGUAAAAUGAAGGAUCCUGCUAUACCUGAAGAGUUGACAGAUUUUAUUGUGGCUGCAUAUGUGGAGUUAAGAAAAGAAGCCCGCAACUCUGCCGAUAUGACUUUCACAUCAGCUAGAAAUCUUCUUGGUAUUUUGCGUCUCUCAACAGCUUUAGCUCGUCUACGCUUAUCAAAUGUUGUAGAAAAAGAUGAUGUAAAUGAAGCGAUCAGGCUUUUGGAGAUGAGUAAGGAUUCUUUAAAACACACUUUCGAAAACAAAGGGCAAAGACCACCAAAUAUAAAUGACAAAAUAUACGCACUCAUUACUGAGUUGGCAGGCGAUAAGAAAUUUGUUACAGUUUCAUCUGCAUUGGAAAAAUGUGCUAGCAAAGGUUACAAUCCUGACCAGGUGGAUGCUUGUAUAGAAGAAUACGAAGAAUUGAAUGUUUGGCAAGUGAACCAGACUAGAACUAAACUUACUUUUAUUUAGUGUAUAUUUAAUUUUUAAGGUCAUUGUCGUUAAGAAGUGUCUUAAUAUUGUCGAAUUAAGAGUUUUUAGACACAUCACUUUUCAUUUUUUUGUACGUCUGAAUAAAUAUUUUUUAAAUA